GAUAAGCAUCCCGACGCAUCCCAGCAUCCAGACUUUUACGCGUUCAGGUGCGCGCGGUGAAUCACGCACAAGACGCGGGGGGACAUCAGCAGUGGAUUUUGUUUGUGUCUUAAGACAAAGAAGGAAAUGAAUUUCGUCACGUUUGAACUUGACUUUUCUUUGUGGGAUAGUUUACGCGCGUAUUUGAGCAGAACAGGUGCAUCUCAUAUGGGCUCCUCCGGUAAUGCGGAAUGAGCGCACGGGACCGUUAGCGCGCGCUUACCGUGGAUCACCUGAUUCAUCACCGAGAGCCGCAUUCCGCGCGCCCCGAUUUUAGGAGGAAAGUUGAACGCAUAAAUGAAGAUUGCCUAAUGAAUCAACAUCUUUCCCCUAAACCAGCUAUUUCCUGAAUUGGAUUUUCCCCACGACUGAAUGACUUUAGUCUUUACAGAGCCCAAAGCAUCGAUUAGGAUAUCUUCACGUUAAACAGGAGUCCGUUUUUGUUUUCUUUCCUAUACUUACCCUGAUCCACGGAUUUGUCACUAUGCACGAGAAACGGUGACCGAUUCUACCCGUAUGCGCGAGCCCGAGGGUCGUGUUUGGCUGCUGUUGGUCUACGAAUGUAUGGCUCUGACAACACCAUAUGGAGACAACUGUUUGAAUUAAAGCAGUGGGAACACGCAUGAACUGCUGUCAUGGAUUUAAGGGAUUUUUUCUUGUUGGCAACACUGGUUGCAUGUUUUUGGUUAGAUCCAACCAUUGCCCAAGAGCUCAUUUAUCCGAUUCGAGAAGAGCUACAGGAGAAUGUUCUUAUUGGAAAUAUACCAAAGGACUUGAAUAUCUCCCAUAUGAACUCUGGUACUGGGGCAAGUAGUAAUCUGGUUUACCGGCUCGUAUCGAAAGCAGGGGAUAACCCGCUGUUGAGAGUGAUGAGCAAUACGGGAGAAAUCUUUACCACCUCUAAUCGCAUAGACAGGGAAAAACUCUGUCCCGGACCCUCGUUUGAAGACAGCGAGUGCUCUUUUGAAAUCGAGGUGGUCAUAUUACCCAAUGAUUAUUUCAGGCUAAUCAAAAUAAAGAUCAUCGUCAAAGACACCAACGACAACGCUCCCAUGUUUCCAUCCCCCGUCAUUAACAUCUCCAUUCCGGAAAACACGCUGAUCAACAGCCGCUUUGCCAUUCCCUCGGCCACCGAUCCCGAUACCGGACCCAACAGCGUCUACAAGUACGAGCUUUUGAACGGCCAGAGUGCUUUCGGCUUGGACAUCGUGGAGACGCAAGAGGGAGAGAAAUGGCCUCAGCUCAUAGUUCAGCAGAAUUUAGACAGAGAGCAGAAAGAUACAUACGUGAUGAAAGUUAAAGUGGAGGAUGGAGGGAGCCCGCAGAAAUCCAGCACUGCCAUUCUACAGGUAACUGUCACGGAUGUCAAUGAUAACCGGCCUGUGUUUAAAGAAAGCCAAAUUGAGGUCCACAUUCCUGAGAAUUCUCCCAUUGGGACAUCGGUAGUUCAGCUACAAGCCACCGACGCGGACGUGGGGGCCAAUGCAGAAAUUAAAUACAUGUUUGGAGCCCAAGUGUCUCCAGCCACACGCAGGCUUUUUGCUCUGAACUCCACCAGUGGGCUCAUAACAGUUCAAAGGCCACUGGAUAGAGAGGAGACUGCUAUUCAUAAACUGGCAGUGCUAGCCAGCGACGGAAGUUCGAGUCCGGCACGAGCCACCGUAACUAUCAACGUGACUGAUGUUAAUGACAACGCUCCAAACAUUGACCUGAGAUACAUAAUUGGUCCAACAAACGGUACUGUAUUGCUUUCUGAAAAAGAUCCGAUUAACACCAAGAUCGCUCUCAUUACCGUAUCUGACAAAGACACCGAUGUCAACGGCAAGGUGAUUUGUUUCAUUGAAAAAGACGUUCCUUUUCACCUCAAAGCUGUUUAUGACAACCAGUAUUUGUUAGAAACGUCUGCGCUGCUCGAUUAUGAGGGAACCAAGGAGUACAUUUUCAAGAUCGUGGCCUCUGACUCUGGAAAGCCUAGUUUAAACCAGACUGCCCUAGUUAGAGUCAGGCUCGAGGAUGAGAACGACAAUCCGCCCGUUUUCACCCAGCCUGUCAUUGAGCUGGCAGUCAUGGAAAACAACCAACGUGACAUGUUUCUGACAACCAUCAGCGCCACGGACGAGGACAGCGGGAGAAAUGCUGAGAUCGUCUACCAGCUUGGACCCAACGCUUCCUUCUUCGACCUCGACCGCAAAACAGGGGUGUUGACCGCAUCGAGAGUGUUCGAUAGAGAGGAUCAAGAGCGAUUCCUCUUUACUGUUACUGCUAGAGACAAUGGCACCAGGGCUCUGCAGAGUCAAGCUGCGGUCAUAGUCACCAUAUUGGAUGAGAAUGACAACAGCCCCAAAUUCACACACAACCACUUUCAGUUCUUUGUCUCUGAGAAUCUGCCUAAAUAUAGUACAGUAGGAGUAAUCACUGUCACGGAUGCUGAUGCUGGCGAGAACGCAGUAGUGAGACUCUCGAUACUCAAUGAUAAUGAGAACUUCAUCCUUGACCCGGAUUCUGGAGUCAUAAAGUCCAACGUUUCCUUCGACCGAGAGCAGCAAAGCUCCUACACCUUUGACGUGAGAGCUGUGGACAAUGGCAGCCCCCCAUGCUCAUCGGCAGCCAAGGUGACCAUCAAUGUCAUUGACGUUAACGAUAACACCCCCAUUGUCAUAUAUCCACCAUCGAACACGUCUUUCAAACUGGUGCCCCUGUCUGCGAUUCCGGGAUCAGUCGUGGCUGAAGUUUUUGCUGUGGAUGGUGACACAGGCAUGAACGCUGAGCUAAAGUACACCAUUGUGAGUGGCAACAACAGAGGUCUUUUCAGAAUCGACCCUGUAACGGGAAACAUCACGCUGGAGGAGAAACCAAUGAUUGCAGACAUUGGCUUACACAGGCUAGUGGUCAACAUCAGCGACCUCGGCUACCCAAAGUCCCUACACACACUCGUCCUCGUUUUCCUGUAUGUCAAUGACACGGUUGGAAAUUCCUCGUACGUAUACGACCUCAUCCGACGGACGAUGGAAACGCCGCUGGAUAGAAACAUCGGCGAGAGCAGCGAAACAUAUCAGAACGUCGACAACCUGAAAACCAUCAUCGCAAUUGUCACGGGCGCCAUGGUGGUCAUCGUGGUCAUCUUCAUCACUGUUCUGGUGCGCUGCCGAAACGCCUCGCAGUUCAAGGCAGCACAGAGGAAGAAGCAGGGUGCCGAAUGGAUGUCCCCCAACCAGGAGAACAAGCAGAACAAGAAGAAAAAGCGCAAAAAGAGGAAGUCGCCGAAGAGCUCUCUCCUGAACUUUGUCACCAUUGAGGAGAACAAACCCGACGACGCCGCUCACGAACCCAUUAACGGCACCAUCAGCCUUCCAGCUGAGCUCGAGGAGCCCGGAAUCGGACGUUUCGACUGGAAUGCCACCCCUACUUCCACCUUUAAACCCAGCAGCCCGGACUUGGCCCGGCACUACAAAUCGGCUUCACCCCAGUCGGCCUUCCACCUAAAAGCCGACACGCCGGUGUCCGUGAAGAAACAUCACGUCAUACAGGAGCUGCCACUGGACAACACCUUUGUUGGAGGCUGCGACACGCUUUCCAAACGUUCGUCCACCAGUUCGGAUCACUUCAGUGCCUCUGAAUGCAGUUCACAAGGGGGCUUCAAGUCAAAGGGGGCACCUUUGCACACCAGACAGGGAACGCUUACCCGUGCCCGUACCGAACUGAACCCCGACUACCUGGACCUUCGUUCCAGAGCCGAGCUGAACCCGGAGUACUGGACGCCCUGUACACCUCUGUCGCAACGGCGCGUCACGUUUCACCUGCCGGACGGGUCUCAGGAAAGCUGCAGUGACAGUGGACUGGGUGACCAUGAGCCGGUGGGUAGCGGGCCGCUCCUCUCCCAUCCUCUUCCUCUGGUGCAGUCCCAGGAUGAGUUUUACGAGCAGGCCUCACCGGACAAGAGGACCGAAGCGGACGGUAAUUCGGACCCCAACUCUGAUGGACCCCUAGGACCAAGAGGCUUAGUGGAGGCCACAGAGAUGUGCACCCAAGAGUGCCUGGUGCUGGGUCACUCCGACAACUGCUGGAUGCCACCGAGCCUGAGCACGUACCCUUCGCCCAAGUCGCCCGUUACCUCCUUCGGCAACCAAAAAGAAUGGGCUAAAGAGAGAUUGCUCAACGGCCACACCCUCACCCGAAGCUGGAAAGGCGAGCGAGGAAGCCAAGAUCAGUUCGGGGACAGGAAGACCUUCGGGAGCUCGGAGGGACAUUUUGGCAGCGGCAUGGCCGACAUCCCAUUAGCCAGCCUGAAAUCUUACCAGGCCGCCUCAGGCCCCGACAAUCCGAAAGAACAGCAGCUUUAAAAGCUUUUUAUCGGGUUUGUUUGGGUAUCUGGUCAACUUUUGAGAGCUUUAGUCCAUUCGGUUUCUUUCCUCUUCUUGUUUUGAUCUUCUUUUCUUAGAUCGAGGCUAAUGCGGUGUGAUAGUUUCGUGUAGAUCGUAGACAUUAUCGCUUAUGCAGGACUGUAUACAAUGCGAAUCCAGCUUGCCGACGGGCCUUCUGCAGAGGUCGGCCGCAACUGCUAAAAAUAUACGAAACACUGUAUACUUCGUCUUGGACAGAGACUGCAAAAAAGAGUUUGAGAUGAACAGUUAUAAAAAUAAAACAAUAUUAACGGCUGACCAAUAUAUACAAAUAUUGUGACGUGAUUGUUUUUGGGACUAUAUUAAUCUACACCAUCCAAGAAAAAUGGAAUUUACACUUGAGAAAGCAUUGUGCUUAUAACUCUGUUAGUGGAAAAUUGUUUAGUCUGUCAUCGUUGAAGUGUUUGUAAAUAGAACUUAAUACUAACCGAUUUUAUGUACUUAUCGUGAAAUAAUCACACUGAUUCGAUCAAUGAUCACGACAGUUGUCUUUUACCAUUCAUCGUACGGGAGACAUGCUUUUGUUAUUUCAGUCAUUCGUCUGCUGGAACGGAGGACUGCCGUCUGGAUCCGACAAAUGCAAAAACGCACGAGAGUCGGACGUACACUCCAUUGCGCAAACUGCAGCCACGCCCCCUUUGAUGGAGAAAUAACGAACGAAUCAUGUCAUUGCACAAUUGCCCAGUUUUUUGCAUUUACUAAGUCGAUGAACCUGGCAAACUUAUUUUUUCAAAACUAUUUUGUAUUAUUGAUGUAAAUGCUCAGUUUCUACUUGCAGGUACGUGCAACACAAAGCUUGAUGUCUUUUCCUCCAAAAAAAAAAAAAAAAAUGAAAACAA